AUGCGAGGUGGAGGAUGUGGUGUGGCAGGUGUAGCCAAAAAGGAAAAGAUCAUUGCAACGGGUUCAUCAGACACUACCGUCAUUCUCUGGGCAUUCAAUGAAGACGAUUAUUCAAUCAGACCUAUCCACACACUGCGAGGUCACGAUUCAGCCAUCACCUCUAUCUCUAUCGACCAAAAUAAUGAUAUUAUCAUUACCACUAGUAAAGAUAAUACAAUCAUUAUUCAUUCACUUUCAAAAGGUUUAUUUAUUCGUUCAAUUAAUCCAAAUAAUAAUAAUAAUCAAAAUAAUAAUAAUAAUCAAAUUAAUCAAAAUAAUUUAUUAUAUUAUAAUAAUGGUGAUGGAACAUUAUAUUAUUAUCAACAACAACAAAAAGAGAAUAUAAUAUUCAAGUAUGCAAUCAAUGGACAAUUAAUUCAAUCGAUUCAAAGUGAUAUUCAACCGGUUAUUGUCAAAAUGUUGGUGGUUCGAGCCAAUCCUUCAACACCAUGCUAUCUAUUGACAGCGGGUGGAUACCAAAUCAUUGUACGUGAUUGUAUCACCACUGAAAUCAUUCAUAUUUUCGAUAUUCGAAACUUGGCAGGAUUCAUCAAUAGCAAUGUCAUUGUUGAUUUUUGUCUUUGGAAUGGUGAAAAGGAAUCACUACAAGAGAAUUUAAAAAAUGAUAAUAAUCAAUUAAGUUUACUAGUACUCUUGGAAAGUUGUCAAUUAUUAAUUUUUAAUAUUGAUGAAAAUGGUAUCUUAUUAAAUGAUUAA